UUCCACUGUUCCACUGUAUUGAUACAUAUUUAUACAGCUAGCUGCCUCAAGAUACAGAAACACAGAAAUGAAACUCAUUAAACAUCAUGGACUUUGCACAGCUUUUAGGCAAUGAAGGAACUGAGGUCGACAGGGUUGCGGUGGUUACGAAUGUUGCGUCUCUUGCGACAUAUGAUGUGGAUCGAAGCACUCGCUGCUGUGCGAUCUGCUGUGAACCUCGCAAGGGAUCGCCCAUGGUCGGUUGACUCAGCGGGAGGUGAAAGCCCGUUUCUGGCUCCUUGCCCUCGGACGUCUGACGUGGCGCGCCCUGAGCAGGACGGCAGCUCCUCUAGCUGAUGCAAGUCCUGUUGCCACUCUCCGACUCGAGCGGGUUCAGUCAGAAUCACCGCUCGUCGUAGCGUAUCGUCCGAGUAAGCGAGUCGCGUCUUUGUCCGGUCGAGUCAAUGAGAAGAUCAAGAAGAAAUUGCAUCAUAUUAUAUUGUUGAUCCCCAAGAGACGUUGGAUUCUCGAUAGAGGAAUUAUUCGACUUCUUGCUGUUGUAUUAUAGUUUUCCUUGCAUUUGAGACCGGCUCCGGUCGUUGACGUGGUUGCGAUAUGAUACAGUCGUUGUGUCCUCUUUUUGCAGCUUCUUCCUUGAACUCCCUAGUAUACACAGGCGGUUCCU